AUGGAGGCUGCUGACAAGGACCUGCAAGGCCAGCGGGAGCCGCAGGAGCCGCAGCAGCCGCAGCAGCAGCAGCAGCAGCAGCGACAGCAACAGCAACAGCCGCUGCAGCAGCACUUAGUCACGCGUACAGCGCAGCAGGCUGAACCUUAUUCUGAUGCUCCCACGCCAGUGGGGCGGCAGCACCUACAGCGGCAGCAGCACGAGCCGCAGCAGCACCAGCAGCGAGAGCCACUCCAUCAGCACCAGCACAGGACGCCUCUGGAGCAGCCGCAGCAGCAGGAAAGGCAGACGGCGCAACCGACGAAACAGCAGCAGCACGAACAGCAGCAGCAAUGUGCUGCGGGAGAGGACCGUGUGCUGCGGCGUACUCCUGGGGAAGAAGUCGAAGGGCAGCAGAAACAGCCGAAUCAGCAGCAUGGAGGCAGGCAGCAGCAGCAGCAGCACGUUACUGCUGCGGAGCAGCAGCACAAGCAAACUGCAGUAGCUCAACAAGCCACGUCUGUAGCAGCGCCGCCGCCUGCAGGGGCGAAACGGGACGAGGCAGCAGCAGCAGCAGUAGCAGCAGCAGCAGGUGCACCGCGCGAACUAGCAGCUGCUGGAAGCACAGCACAUUUCCCCGAACCUGAAACAACGGCAGCAGGAACUGCAGCAUCAAACGCAGCACAAGCAGCAGCAGCAGCAUUAGCGGUCCCCGGUGGCUCUGGCCGACGUGCUGAAGAACGGCGGCUGCCCCCAGCAGCAGAAGCUGCAGCAGAAGCUGCAGCAGAAGGUGCAGCACAAGCAGUAGCAGAAGCAGGAGGUGCUGCUUCUGUUGCUGCAGCGCCAAGAAACAUAUCCCCGCCUUCACAAAACUCGGUAAGUCAGCAGCAGAAGCAGCAGCAACGGCAACAGCAUCAGCAGCAGCAAGCACAAAUCAUCAGCACCAGCAGCAGCAAGCACAUAGCAGCAGCAGCAGCAGCAGCAGCAAAAGCAAGGCAAGUUAUGGUUUGCGUACAGGACACUCUAUGGAGGCCCCAACCUUCUCCGCCGAGUGCGGCUACCUUGCAGCAGCAGCUUCACAGGCCGCCGCCCCGGCAGCAGCAGCAGCAGCACGAACAGCAGGCACCGCAUGGUGCUGUCUCUUCUGGCGUUGUUAGGGGUAGCAGCCCCAGCGACCCAUCCACAGCAGCAGCAGCAGCACCAGCAGCAGCAGCUAGCAAACAGGCUGCACACUCUCAGCUGAACUCUGCUUUUGUUCGCUCACCAACGGAUAGGCGCCGCCAGCAGCAGCAGCACCAGCGGCAGCAGCGGCAUGGAGCUCCGCAGCGUGCAAGCCUUUCCCUCGUUGCCCCUGUGCCCAGCAGCAGCAAAGCAGCAGCAGCAAGCUCGCUCGUGCUGCAGGGCUGGCUGCAGAAGUGGACAAACCUCUUGUCUUCGUGGAGGCCGCGGUACUUCUUUGUCUACGCGGGUUUUUUUAAAUAUAGCACCACGAAGACGUCCCCACCAAAAGAAAUGUUUCUUUUGAAUCAGUGUCGAGUUCGCCUCUGCCCCCACGACCCCGUGCGCUUCGAGGUGGACGUGAUAGAUCAGCAGACGCUUUACCUGCGGGCGGAGAGUCAGGAAGAGAAGCAGAUGUGGUACGCAGCCUUCAAGCAGGGUCAACGUGCCGCGCUGAGCGGCGCUCAUAGGGCGGCUCGCUCUUCAGCAGCAGCAGCAGGAGCUCAAGGAGACAGGCAGCAGCAGCAGCGGAGGAAACCCGUCGGGGCAACGCCUGCGGGGGGUCCACCUGCACCUACAGCUGGCAGCAGCAGCAGCAGCAGCAAGAGGCCUGAGGGGCAGCAGCCGCGCCCACGGCAUGAUCAUUCCAGUGCAGCAGGAGACAUGCGAGCAGCAGCAGCAGCAGCAGCGCCAACGACAGCUGCAGGCGGGGCAGGGGCUUCACCUCCAGGACCGGGCAGCAGCAGCAGCAGCAGCAGCGCCUUGAGCGGACUGGCAGGGGUUGUUGCUUCGAGUGCUGCUGCUGCUGCAGCGUAUGCCACCAGCCGCCUUCGUUCGCUUUCUGCUGCUGCAGUGCAGCCGCCGCCACCCCCACCACCGUCAGCACCACCAGCACCUCCGCCUCAGCCUCAGCAGCAGCAGGAGCAGCAGCAGGAGCAGCAGCAGCAACAGGGGCAGCAGCAGCAACAACAACAACAGCAGCAGCAGCCGCAGCAGGAUUCGGGGGCUGUCCGCAGCAGGAGCGAUGGAGGAACGGCAGCAGAAGCAGCAGCCGAUGUGGUUGCUGCUACUGCGUUUCCUGGGGCUUCACUGGAAGGGGCAGCUCUCAGCAGCAGCAGCAGCAGCAACAGCAGCAGCAGCCCCCUUCUAGGCGCGCACCUGCUGCAAACAGACGGUAGCAGCGAGGCGCUGCUCGAUAGUACGGGGGCUGAGGGGCCAUUGGAAGCGUGCUCCAAGAUGCUGGCCCUGCAGUCAGACGUUUUGAAGUCUGUCGCGCAAAUCGCUCAAACAAACCCUGGCGAGGGGGGGAACCUGCGUUCUCAGGUUGUGCUGCUGCUGCAGCGGGUAGACGACCUGCAGCAGCUGCUGCAGCAGCUGCUGCAGCAGUGGGAGCGGCUCCUGAGUGAAGAGUACACCCAGCGACGGCAGCUGGAGAAGUCUGUGCGCUCUCUGGCGAAGAGGAACUACAAGCUUGACAAGGCUCAAGAGCGGCUGCUGCAGCUCAGUAGACAGCGCGGCAAACUGACAGCAGCAGAAGUCGCUGCGGCAAUUACUGGGGUGCGGCUCCCAGAGGCUGAGGGAGACGAGGCAGCAACUGCAGCAGCAGCAGCAGCAGCUGCUGCUGCUGCUGCACAAGAAGGAGUCAGCUUCAGCACCAGCGACAGCGAUGAAGAGGCCAAUGAGGAACUCGAAUUCUUCGACUGCGAUGAUGCGGCCACCGAAGACGGUACAGGAGAGUCCGAAGGUCUUGCCGCUUCGCAGCAGCAGCAGCAGCAGCAGCAGCAGCAGGAGUGUCGCGAAGGCGCCUCGGGGGCAUUACCCAUAGCGACAAGCAGCAGCCAAAGCAGCAGCAGCAGCUCCAGCAGCAGCAGCAACUUCGUUGGGCCGACGUUCUCGCCUGCAGCAAACGCAGCAGCAACUAUCGCUGCUGCUUCUCCUCAUAUUGGGGGGGCGACUGCAGGGCAGCGGCUGGCGCUGCCGAAGCCCCGAACGGAGUUUAAAGUGAACUUGUGGUCGGUGCUUAAGGACUGCAUCGGUCGGGACUUAAGCCGAAUAGCAAUGCCAGUUUACUUCAAUGAGCCUACGAGUUUCUUGCAGAGACAGUGCGAGGACCUGCAGUACUGCGAGCUACUUAACCUGUCCUCCCGGUUCCCGCGGAGUGUCGAUCGGCUUUUGGGGCUGACUGUCUACGCGCUGUCUCCCUACGCCUCUGCAGUUGGGAGGACGUACAAACCCUUCAAUCCACUCUUAGGAGAAACCUUUGAGCUGAUACAAAGGGGUUUUCGCUUUCUGUCGGAGCAGGUAAACCCUCACGCGUUCGCCGCCGCCGCUGCUGCUGCUGCUGCUGCGGCUGCUCUUGCUGCGGUUGCUGCAGCUGCCGCUCUUGCGGUUGCUGCUGCUGCUGCUUGCUCUGCUGCAGCAGGUGCUGCAGCAGCGGCAGUGGUAGCAGCGACAGCGGAUGCAGCCUCCACAGAAGAAGCCGUGACUAUGCCAGGCAUAGCCCGGGUGAAGCUGCACCGCACGGGAGAGCGGUUUUCUUACAAGAGAACAAAAAUGCUGAUUCAUAACGUUAUUUGGGGCAAGCUGUGGAUUGAAGUGCUAGACAAGACCUGCCACCAUCUCCGAGCCAUUGUCUUUGAAGCCUCUGGGCGGCCCGUCUACCGCCUCUCCGGGCAGUGGUCUAGCGCUUUGUACGUCGAGGAGGCGCCCGCAUUCCCCCCGCACAAGAAAUGGAAGGUUCCGCCGCAGGUAGAGGAGUACCGAAGAAGCGAAACGGGGCCCCCAGCAGAUAGCCCUGACAAUCAGCUUGAUGCGGUGGUUGCACAGUACUGGGAGUCCAUCGCUUGGGUUGAGUCUUCGAGGCGCCUCAUUUGGAGGCCGACGGCGCGGCCUCCCAACGCCGACCAGUUCUACGGCUUCGGCUACCUGACGAUGGAGUUGAACAACCUGUCGCCCGAAUACGCAGCGCAUGCAGCCCCAACCGACUCUCGCAGACGGCCCGAUCAAAGGCUGGAGGCAGCGCGGGCGCGGCCUCGUGGAGAGCGAGACUAUAAACCCUGUUGGUUUGAGCGGCAGCAGAAUUCUGAUGAUUGGGUGUACAAGGGAGGUUACUGGGAGGCGCGGGAGGUGGGGGAAUGGGGCUGCUGCCCCGACAUUUUCUAA